AUGUCACCUUCGCACGGACAGAUCUGCGCAUCACUUUUUGUGCUGUAUGUCUGGUUACGACCAAUGCCUUCACUCCUCCAUCGCCCCCUUGUCGUCCAUAGCUCCCUCCCUAGCUUCCGCCCAGUGGCAAUGGCGGCGCUACCCAGGGGGCUGAAACGAGUCGCGGUCAUCGGGGCUGGCCCCGCAGGUCUCGCGUCAGCCAAGUACCUCCUCGAGGCAGGCCUUCAACCCACGCUGUUUGAGAAGGCCGGUUCCAUCGGCGGAUUGUGGAGGCAAGGCAUUCCAAGCGAGGGCGGCGAGGCAAUCGAAGAAGAAUCUAGUUCAAAACCAGCCGCCAGGGCAUCAGAGGGGGCGCCUGCGUGCUGGGCAGGCAUGAUCACAAACCUAUCGCGCUUCACCUGCAGUUUCUCCGACCAUCCCUGGCCCGACGAUGCGCCACUCUUCCCGUCGCAAGCUCAACUGCUCGCCUACUUGAAGUCCUACGCCCAGCGGUUUCUCGUUCCGCCGGGAUCAAACUCAUUCGCAGCUUCAACGUCGCUGCGCCUGAACGCGCGUGUCUCCCGCGUCGCAUUGCUGGACGACGGAAAGUGGAGUGUCCACGUAGAUGGAGGCGGCCAGCAGCAGACCCCAGAGGUGUUCGAUUCCCUGGUCGUCGCAUCAGGGUUCUUUGAAAGGGCGCACAUUCCCGACAUGCCAGGGGCUGAUGCAGCGGCAGCAGCAGGAGUCCUGAUCCACAGCGCCGACUACAGGAGCAGCGAUGCCUUCGCGGGGAAGAAGGUCGUCGUCGUUGGUGCUUCCUUCAGCGGCGUCGACAUCGCCACUGACGUGGCAUCAAAAGCCUCUCAGGUCAUCCACGUCAUCAGCAAGCCCUUCUGGCUGCUGCCACGCUUCCUUCCAGCCGACCCCUCGGACCCAGCCUCGCCCUUCCUGCCGCUCGACUUGUGCUUUUAUCGAAGGGCAUCGCGAGCGUCGUCGUCUUUCGUCCCGUUGCGCAGUGAAGAGGCGCGGCGUGCUGCCAACAAGUACAUGCGCGCUCUGUGCGGUGAUCAGGCUUCGCUCAUUCUCCAGGGCACGGAUGAGCCCAUCGACGGUGUGGAUGCCGUCAUCUUCUGCACUGGCUACAGCCCCACGCUGCCCUUCCUCCCCACCCACCUCAAGCACCAGACUGGCUUCGACCCGUCCGACCUCUUCUCGCCGCUGCUGCUGCACCGCUGCACCUUCCACCCGUCGCUCCCCAACGCAGCCAUGGUGGGCAUGUACCGCGGGCCCUACUUUGCCGCCAUGGAGCUCCAGGCUCGCUGGGCCGCAGCCGUGCUGUCCGGCGCCCUCCCACCCAUUCCAACCAGCACCCUUCAAGAGGGUGUUGAGGAGGCGAAGAAGGUGCGCGAGCAGCAGUCAAGGCCGCAGUUCCCCGUGUGGGACUACGUGGGCAUGUGCAACUCCAUCUCAGACGCGCUCGGGUGUGCGCUGCCCACAGACCCCGAGUGGAUCAAAGCACACGACAUGGUCGUGCCUGCGCACUACUGCCCCAGGACCAGUGCACCGUCUGUCGCUGCCGCUGAGGUUGCCAUGACGCAGUUGGCGCGUGCUUGUGACGAGUUGGAGGGCGGCAGUGCAGUGGCAGGCGCGGUGUUCCGGGGCCUGGGGGGACGCAGUGCAGGGGGCAAGGGCAACAAGGUGUGGCGGGAGUAUGUGUGGGUGUGCCUGGGGCCGCAGGAUGGCAUUGCCGUCCACUUUGCCGACAAGUCGCAGCGCACCUACCUCUUUCACCACCUGAGGUUCUUUCCGGACCCUUCUGGGUCAGCUUCUUCUUCCGACAGAAAUGAAGGUCUUCAGAGUGCUGAUUUCGUAGGCAAGGCACUGCCCCGGGCGUGGCGUGCGGUCGGGGAGCACCUGUGUGUGAAGGACUUGUACAAAGUGGCGUACCGGUUUGCCUUUCAGGGUGUUCACCUGGAGAGGUUCAGCAUCGAGUACCUUGUGCGGGGGCCUCACAAGGACUACGUCUCCUCUGCCUUGUUUACUCGCCCUGCCUAA